CAUCUCCAGCGAAUCCAAUAAAAGAUCAUACAAACCUCAACGAACGAUUGUCGAGAGUUCAAUAUUACACAUAUAAUUCGGCCUUGAGUAUUCCAUACGUUUCUCCGAUAUUGGCCGAUGACUUAGGCGGUUUGGGUGAAAUUUUCAUUACGUGUGGCGGUUGCGAGAGGCUACGGGAUGAGUCCAUAUUGUUUGCUCACAAAGCUGCAAAGACGCAUCCUAGCGUUUUUGAGGUGCCAAGGAGAGAAGGUCAACGUACCUACCCCCCUUCAAAAGUGUGCCUCAAUAUAUUCGAUGCGAUGCCCCAUGUGUUCCAGAUUUUCCUAUUUCACCCGAUUGCCAUAGAUGCAAUAAAUCGAACGGGAGAUUGGAUACGUAAAGUAAUACCUGAAUCGGUGGUGGGAGAUAAUAAGAGUGAUUCGUCCUACGAAUCCCUAAGAUCCUAUCAUUCCCAUCGUAGUCGUUGCUCCCAUAGUUCAUACAAUUCGCAGCGUAGUCGAGACGGACCGAUGACUCCUCUGUCAACCAAUAUAGCGGAAGAAUACCACGAGGAGGGUGAAAUCGACGAUGAAUUCUCUAUAUUUACUGAAAAACACAUCGACGUCAAAGGUGUUUGUUGGCGAACUAAUGGCAUGGAUGAAGAUACACUCAAGGAAUGGGUGAACAUGUUGGGAAAGUUACCUGAUUUCAAUAAACAUCCGGAAUUUUGGGAACCUCUGUAA